UUCAAGAUUCAUUCACAGUACAAUGGUUUUGGAUGAUUCCACCCAUUCCUAGCCUGACUCCACCUUUCAUGUUCAAUAGUCCCUUGUUGGUCCCAUAUGUACCCCUUUUGUCACUCUCAUUUGUUAAAUUUUCCACUUUUUGCCAACAUGGAUUGUGUUGUCGUAGUAGAUUGUCCUAUCCUUAAUUAGAAGUUUCGAGUUCUAUUCAAUGGAUAUAUAGAAAAAAAUUCUAUUUGAAAAGCGACUCCAAAAUGGGCUCUGUGGUAUGGAUAAGUCGAGGCUUCUACUAAAAUUAAAAAAAAAAGAAUUAUGUAAUAUUUAAAAAAAAAGAGGAAAAUUAGAGAAUAUAAAACUUAUAGUUGUGUAUUUAAAUUAUUUUUCCUUCAAUAAAAACACCCGAUGAAAAAAAAAAACUUUUCCACUUCUCUCAUUAUAUUAGGAUGAGUACCAUUUAGGUAAAAUACCCUUUCCCAACUUUAUUAUUUAUAAUCAAGGAGGAAUAGCAAAGUGAGACAGAUUCAUUCAUUUCAUCCUUUAUUUGAGCUGUUUUAAAACUUCUUCCUCUUCCUUACAAAGGAAAAAAAAAUGGGAUUUCUUCCAUGUUCUUUGCUUUGUCAAGCAAAGAAAAAACCAUUAGAUUCUUGUGAUCAAACUGAGUCUAGACAUCUUUCCUCAAAUUCUUCAUCAUCAUUAAUAUCAUUAUCCUCGAGAUCAUUAUCAUUAUCAUCUAGGUCAUUUUCUUCACAGCCAAGUUUACCAUCAAUUCCUUCUCUUUCUAUAUCAUCCUCUCAAGUUGAACAUCUCUCAAACACCUUCCACCACUGCUUAGCCACACUAACAGGCCAUUCUUCCUACAUAUUUUGCCUAUCCAUCGCGGAAAAACACCUCUAUUAUGGCUCUUCCAAUGGAGAAAUCCUUGUAUGUGACAUAAACUCUUCAAAACAGGACAAUUGUUUAAAAGAAAAGACAGUAUGCCAAAGUGGAAGUGCAAUCAAAUCUAUUGUCAUGAUGGGAGAUAAGCUCUUCAGUUCCCACCAAGAUCAUAAAAUCCGAGUAUGGAAAAUUGACAAUGAGACACCUAAUAGAAAUUACAAGAGCAUUGCCACCUUACCAACGAUCAACGAUCGUUGCGUGAAGCUAUUUUGGACAAGGAACUACGUACAAGUUCGAAGACACAAGAAAUGCACAUGGGUACAUCACGUAGACACGGUGUCAGCAUUAGCCUUAUCGAAAGAUGGCUCUCUGCUUUACUCUGCUUCAUGGGACAGAACAUUUAAGAUUUGGAGAAGUUCAGAUUUCAAAUGCCUAGAAUCAGUAUGGAAUGCACAUGACGACGCGAUCAACUCAAUAGUUGUAUCGAAUAAUGGAGAUGUUUACACUGGUUCAGCAGACAAGAAGAUCAAAAUAUGGACUAAACAACAAGAAGGGGGUUCUAAUAAACACACUCUUAUGACUGCACUAGAGAAGCAUAAAUCAGCAGUGAAUGCUUUGGCUCUUAGUAGAGAUGGUUGUGUUUUAUACUCUGGUGCUUGUGAUAGGUCUAUAAUUGUGUGGGAGAAAUUGCAAGUGUUAGGGGCAAUAAGAGGACAUAAAAAAUCAAUUUUGUGUUUGGCUGUGGUGUCAAAUGAUUUGUUAUGUAGUGGAUCAGCUGAUAAAACAGUGAGAAUAUGGAAAAGAGGAUUAGGAAAAUUUUGUUAUUCAUGUUUGGCUGUGUUUGAAGGACAUAGAGGUCCAGUUAAGUGUUUGAAUGCAACUUUAGAUACUCAAAAGUAUGAUGAUAAUGAUUCUUGUUCUGGAAAUUCUUACAUCAUUUAUAGUGGUAGCUUGGAUUGUGAUGUUAAGGUUUGGAAACUUUGGGUUCCUAAUUACCUCUAGCUAGGAUUCAUCUCUUUCAUAUGUACUAAUAGGAACAUAUUGUAAAUAUAAAAAGAGGACUAUUCUCACUUAA